AUAAAUAAAGCAUACAAAUUAUAUUGAAUUUUUUAUAUCUAUAAACCAUAGUUGAAACUAAUGUCUUUUCCAUAUAUCUCCAGAGAUUUCUUAGCACCAUGAGAGCAGUCCAAGGUGCACUAAUUGUAGCAUCGAGUAUACAAAUUAUUUUUGGGAUUUAGUCAAAUUUGGGCUAUUUGUUCUAGAUUCUUCAGUCCACUUGGAAUGGUUCCAGUAAUUACAUUAGUUGGUUUUGGAUUAUUUGACAGAGGUUUCCCUCUGGUUGGGACUUGUGUUGAAAUUGGAAUUCCCAUGCUGAUCUUGUUCAUAGUCUUCUCCCAGUACUUGAAAAAAUUUCAGACAAGACAAGUACCAAUACUAGAGAGAUUUGCUCUACUCAUAACAACAACAGUGAUAUGGGCAUAUGCACAUCUAUUAACAGCAAGUGGAGCAUACAAACAUCGACCGGAUUUAACGCAAAAUAGUUGUAGGACAGACAGGGCUAAUCUCAUUUCUUCUGCUCCUUGGAUAAAGAUUCCAUACCCUCUUGAGUGGGGUGCUCCUACAUAUCCUCUUCUACACAUUUCCAUUGCUGCCUUUCAUUAUUACAUUGCUGCCUUAUUCAAUUGCUCCUGAGUUAUUAAUGGAACA